AUGCAUGCACGGCCAAUAUCGAGCCGGAGCCUGCCAUCCGGUGCUGUUAUCGACGUGGAGGGGGGUGCAGCUGCGGAGGAGGGUGGGGCAGAGAAGAUAUUUGUGGCGGUGCGAGUGAGGCCGUUGAGUGCGAGGGAGGUGGCGGCAGGGGAGGAGAGUGUGUGGCAAGUGCUCGACGCCUGCUCUAUCCGCUCUGUGCUCCCUUCCACUGCGCCUGCUUCCAUCGUUUUCCCUCCCACGCUCUCGUUCCCUCCCCUGUCGCUGAACAGGGUAUUUGACGAGCAGGCGUCGUCCCUGGCAGUGUACCAGCAUGCAGCCAAACACGUGGUGCUCUCCGUGCUGCAAGGAGUCAACGGUUCGUCCGUCUAUCUGCCCUUUCACCUGCCCCUUCACCUCUCUCUUUACCUGCCCGUUCACCCGCCCCUUCCUUUUCUGCUCUACUUGUUCCCGCGCACCAUCUUUGCAUAUGGGAUGACAGGGAGUGGCAAGACGUUCACCAUGGCAGCAGUAACGGAGAUGGCUAUACAGGAGAUCUUUGAUCACAUAACCAAGCAACCUACCACGCACACGCACCCCUUUUUCCCCGCUCCUCCCACCACCCAGCUCUCCUCCUCCCCCUCGACCCCACUCACCCCUCCUCCUCCCUUCCCAUCUUCCUUCUCCCCUUCACCCUCCUUCCAUUCCACUCCAGCACGGCGGCGAGCGAGACACGGCGGUGAGCGGGAGUAUUCCCUGCAGCUGGCAGCCAUGGAGAUCUACAACGAGCAAGUGCGGGACCUGCUGGCUGCUCCAGGGGACAGCGCACCGCUCAGAGUGCUCGAUGGCGCAGAGGUCCCACCUUUCUCUCCUCCUCCAACUUCGUCCCCCCCACCCGCUCCCAACCACACCCUUCCUUCCUCUCCCACCCAUCCCCCCAUCCACACCCCGUCUCUCCCCACAUCCCCCAUCCCAUCCCCUCCCCCUUCCCCUUGCAUGGCAGCCCAGCGCACAGUGGGGGAGACGCAGAUGAACGAGGCCAGCUCUCGGUCACACCUCAUCGUGCAGCUGACCGUGCAGAGCGAGCCCACCGCACCAUCUGCCUCUCCACACCUCUCCACCGCCUCCCUCUUCACUGAACCCCCACCUGCCUCCACUGCUUCUGCUGAUGUUACAAGCGCGCACCCCACCGAGCCAAGGCCCACCGAAGCAUCAGAAGAUGGCCCCACCACGGGCAGUGAGAGAGCGGGGCAGAUGCAGUCAGAGGGGCAGCGGCUGAGGGAGGGAGCACACAUCAACCGCAGCCUGCUCACUCUCAGCACCGUCAUCCACAAGCUCAGUGCCCGUGCCUCUUCCCUCUCCUCCUCCUCCUCCUCCUCCUCCUCCUCCUCCUCCUCCUCCUCCUCCUCCUCCUCCUCCUCCUCCUCCUCCUCCUCCUCCUCCUCCUCCUCCUCCUCCUCCUCCUCCACGCCACCCCCCCUCUCCUCCUCCUCCUCCUCCGCCUCCUCAUCCUCCUCCCCCUCCCGUGCCCCCCACAUCCCCUACCACAACUCCAAGCUAACACGCAUCCUGCAGAGUGCGCUGGGGGACAACGGCCGCACAGCCGUGCUCGCACCAGUCGCCUCCCUCACCUCCUCCUCCUCCUCCUCCUCCUCCUCCUCCUCCUCCUCCAUGCCACCCAACCUCUCCUCCUCCUCCGCCUCCUCCUCCUCGUCCCCAUCCCGCGCCCCCCACAUCCCCUACCGGGACUCCAAGCUCACGCGCAUUCUGCAGAGCGCGCUGGGGGGCAACGGCCGCACGGCCGUGCUGUGCACUGUGAGCGCAGCAGCGUGCCAUGCGGAGCACACACGCAACACCCUCGCGUUUGCUGCACGCGCCAAGCAGGUCUCCACCACCGCCAAAGUGAACACGGUGGAAUCGGGUCAAGAGAAGGUGAUUCGGCAGCUGCAACAGCAGGUCAAGCUGCUGGAGGGCAAACUGAAAGGCGUGGAAGAGGAGAGACAAAAGCAGCAGCAGCAACAGGAGCAGAAGCAGCAGCAGGCUUUGAGUGAGGAGGCAGGCGGGAGGAGGAGGAGCAACGAGGGCGUAUCAGCAGCAGCAGCAGCAGCAGCGAGGCAGCUGAUACUGGAGUAUGAGGAAGCAAUGGGACAGCUAGAGGCAGAGAACGAGGAGCUGUACACACAUCUGUCGCGCGCUCUCUCCCAGCGGGACGAGGCGCGGUGCAUGGUGGCAGCGCAGCAGAGGGAGGUGCGGGCCAUGCGGGAGCACCUGGCGCUGCUGCAGUGGCAGCUGGACGAGGGUCAGGGGAGCGAGGAGAGCGAGGGGAGUGAGGGGGGCGAGGGGAGUGAGGGGGGCGAGGGGAGUGAGGGGGGCGAGGGGAGUGACGGGGGCAAGAGGAAUUUGGUGGAGGGGGAUGGUGGAGAGGAUGGUGCGGUGAGGAGUGGUUUGGAAGGAGGGAGUGGUGUGGAGAGAGCAGCAGGGCGAGAGGGGGUUGGUGAGGAGGAGGGCGGGAGACAGGGGAACGAAGGGGCUUUAAGAGGAAUUGAUGGGGAAGCAACAGCAAGCCCUGUGCAGCAACUAUGCAAGGCAAGCGUGGGUGCAGCAGCUGCAGCGGCUGGCAGUGAUGGGCGAGAGGAUGGGGCAGCAGGACGCGCACAGAGCACUGCUCGCGCUACAGGCUGA